UGGAGGAAGGGUAGGGGGGGCGCUAACGGCACAGAUUUUCACACUGAAUCUCUUCCCCCCGCUGGACCAAAAUUUCUUGCACAAUGCAGCGGUCCUACGAAACCUGAUAGUGACAGCCGUUCGCAGUUUUACAGGAAGGCUUUUGUGCGGGUUUUGUUUUUGACGACAGAACCGAAGUCCGACAUGAAAACAUGAAGCUGCCUAACCAGCAGUGCUAAUGCUAACACGGCGAGUCAGCGGGCUGUCAGAUUUCAGGGUUUCAGAUAGAAGAAUUGAGUGUCGUUGGUUUUGUUGUGUUGAAACUUGGCACUGGGCGCAUGACUGACAGCGUCUACUUCGUUACGGAUGCCGACAGGACGAAGCGCAAGUUUAUAGCAAAUUUGUAGGAAGACGGUGUCAGGCAAAAUGGUGUUAAGAAGCUCCUGGAAAUCACGACAUAAAAACAGCUGUGGACCUGCUAUCCGUUGGAUCCGACCAGGAUUGGCUGCCCUGCUCUGGUUAUGUGUGAUUCGGUUAGCUUGCGGCAUUGAGGCGGUGGGGGAGAUCAAAAACAUCGUCCAGAAAGAUGCGGCGUUUGAUGUCAACUAUAAUGACACGGUUACGAGUGAAAACCAGACCAUUUACGCGUUUAAUCACACCAUCUCUCGGAAUAAGACCGAGGGAGUGCGUGUGUCUGUGGACGUGUUAUCCAACAAGUCGGAGAGCCCAAUCUUGUUUGUAGUGCGACAGAAGCAAGCCGUGCUGUCUUUUCAAGUCCCCCUCAUUCUCAGAGGCCUCUAUCAGAGGAAGUACCCUUACUACGAUGUGGGCAGGACACUGUGCCAACCUCCAACCCGGGCCGCCUCGGAGACCCAGUACUUCUUUGUUGACGUGUCUACCCUGUCCAGUCAGGGUACAAACUACCAGCUCAGAGUGAGCCGUGUUGAAAGUUUCACCCUGCAAACAAACAAGAAAUUCAGCUUCACCGCAUCACCAUCCCAACCUCAGUAUUUCAAGUAUGUCUUCCAAGACGGGGUGGAUACUGUGAUCGUCAAGGUCAACUCGGACAUGACUUUCCCCUGUUCUGUCAUGUCCAUCCAGGACAUCCAGUGCCCCAUUUACGACCUUGACAACAACGUGGCCUUCAUUGGGAUGUACCAGACUAUGACAAAAAAAGGUGCCAUCACCGUGCAGAGGAAAGAUUUCCCCAGCAACAGUUUCUACGUGGUGUUGGUGGUAAAAACUGAGGACGAGGCAUGCGGUGGCCCGCUACGCUUCUACCCUCUGAGACCCGAUCAGCUGAUUGACGCCGGCAAUCGCAGCAAGGCCCUCGAUGUGAUGGUCUCACCCGCAAUCAACUUGGAGGUGUACGUGAUGGGAAUGCUGUUCUGUUUGGGGAUCUUCUUCUCAUUCUACCUCCUGACCUUGCUCUGUGUCUGUCUAGAGCGUGCACGACUGAACAAGAAGAGAAAUGUGUUUCUGAAUCCUGCCGACAUGUCGCCUGCUGAGACAGCCUCUCUGCUCGGGAAGAACAGCGAUGGAAAAACUCCAGCCUCACCAAAUGAAUAUGGCUCAUUUGCUGACAACGGCAGCACAAUGAGUUCAGAGGCCAUUACCGACAGCGCCACUUCAACUGACAACAACUAUGGAUACAUGGAGCGAUCGUUGGAAAGUGUCGCACGGAGCAGGCAGGAGUCUUUGAGCUCCAUUGAGGAGGAUGACUAUGACACACUGGAUGACAUACACUCCGACAAGAACAUUGUUCGCACAAAGAAAUUUCUGUACGUGGCUGACUUGGCCCGCAAAGACAAGAGGGUCCUCAGCAAGAAGUACCAAAUCUACUUCUGGAACAUUGCUACCAUUGCCGUGUUUUACGCCCUGCCAGUCGUCCAGCUGGUCAUCACCUAUCAAACGGUUGUCAAUGUUACAGGAAACCAGGACAUCUGCUACUACAACUUCCUGUGCGCCCACCCGCUCGGAGCUCUAAGCGCUUUCAACAACAUCCUCAGUAACCUCGGUUACGUGAUGCUGGGGCUCCUCUUUCUCCUCAUCGUCCUCAAGAGAGACCUCGCCCACAAUCGCGCUCUGGAGCGGCAUGACGUCAACGCGCUGGAGUGCGGUAUCCCAAAGCACUUUGGCCUCUUCUAUGCCAUGGGAACUGCUCUGAUGAUGGAGGGUUUGCUCAGUGCCUGCUACCACGUCUGUCCCAACUACACCAACUUCCAGUUUGACACCUCCUUCAUGUACAUGAUUGCUGGACUGUGUAUGCUGAAGCUCUAUCAGAAGAGACACCCAGACAUCAACGCGAGUGCUUACACCGCUUACGCCUGCCUCGCCGCUGUCAUCUUCUUUUCUGUGCUGGGAGUGGUAUUUGGGAGAGACAACACAGCCUUCUGGAUUGUUUUCUCUGUGAUCCACAUUCUGGCCACGCUGCUGCUCAGCACACAGCUCUACUAUAUGGGUCGAUGGAGGCUCAACGCUGGGAUCAUGCGUAGGAUAGUUUACGUCAUCUACACAGACUGCAUCAGGCAGUGCAGCGGGCCGAUGUACAUUGACCGCAUGGUUCUGCUUGUGAUGGGGAACAUAGUCAACUGGUCUCUGGCUGCCUACGGCCUCAUACAGAAACCCAACGACUUUGCCUCGUACCUGUUGGCCAUCGCCAUCUGUAACUUGUUGCUCUACUUUGCCUUUUACAUCAUCAUGAAGCUGCGGAGCGGUGAGAGAAUCAAGUGUCUGGCACUGGUGUGUAUUCUCUUCACGGCAGUUGUGUGGGGCUUUGCGCUGUAUUUCUUCUUCCAGGGUCUCAGCACCUGGCAGAAAACUCCAGCUGAGUCUCGCGAGCACAACAGGGACUGCAUCCUGCUGUCAUUCUUUGACGACCACGACAUUUGGCAUUUCCUGUCCUCCAUCGCCAUGUUUGGAUCCUUCCUGGUCCUCCUGACCAUGGAUGACGACCUCGACACCGUCCAGAGAGACAAAAUCUACGUCUUCUAGAUUUGCCAGAUCUGCGAAGAGCUCUGCUCUUCCUCUCUGCCUUAUCGCCCUGUCUGUUUGCAUCCCCUCCACCUUUUUCAAAAAGCACAGCCAGUAGCCUGUUUCUGGGCUGUCGAUGAGCACCUCUCUGCCUCGGGGAGAGUCGGGGAGGAGCAACAGGCCCCUCCCUCUACCUGUGUGGACACUAAUGUGCCAAUAAAAGCUGGAACGUCGUCGAGCGAUGCUGAAGUGUUUCGUCCUCUCGUUGCCAUCAUCGAUGUAACUGUUGUGAGCACCGUUUACUGCUGACGAUUAACGGUGUGCAUUCUCGCUUGACACGAAACUCGUCCAUUUUAACUUAUUUUAUAUUGUCUGCAUUACAUUUGGCCUGGAAGUCAGCAAUGUAUUUUAAUUACUGUUUGUAGCCUGUUUAUAUGCUGUGUGUGUUUGUACAGGUGUGUGCGUGCGUGUUUUCAAAAAUAAUUGUGGGAAGAUGAAUCCUGUCCAGUCUCAGUGGCCUUCAAUGUUCUAAUCAUAGUAGUCACAAUACUGUGUUCUGAUUGGUCAGAUCUGCAAGCUAGCCGUCCUCCUCCUUGAGGGAAUAUCCAUGAAGACAUGAUUGUAUUUACUUGUAACUGCCCUUAAGUGUGACUCUUAAAGGUAUUUUUGCACUCUACAAAAAAUGGAUUUUAUUGUCAGGCAUUGCAGUGAAAGGAUACUCAAUAAA